AUGGACCUCUCCCGAAAACUGGGAGAGUUGUGGCUCAGGGAAGAAAAGUACUGGAAACAAAGGUCCAGGGUUGCUUGGCUCCAAGUGGGUGACUCUAAUUCCAAGUUUUUCCACCUCUCCACCAUUCAUAGGAGGCAAAGAAACAUAAUUCUAAAGGUGCAGACUGAUAGUAAUGAAUGGGUGGUGGGCGAACGUAAGAUUAGAUUGGAGUUUGAACACCAAUUUCAGAAACUCUUCUCUAGCUCUGGAGCGAGACAGUGGGGUGGGGUCUUUAAUGGGGUGUCCUCAAUUGUGACAGACGAGAUGAAUGCUGAUUUACUUCUGCCUUUUUCCAUGGAAGAAGUCAAAGCAGCGACUUUCCAGCUAGGAGCCUUAAAGGCGCCAGGGCCGGACGGCUUUCCCGGUCUCUUUUACCACAAGUACUGGCAGAUUGUGAAUGAGUUAGUAAGUGCAACAGCUGUGGAUUUUCAGGCUGGUAUGGUCAAAAUGAGGGGCUUGAACCAGACACAUAUUGUCUUAAUCCCGAAAAUCCCAAAUCCUGAAAGAACCUCCCAUUUUAGAUCUAUUAGCCUUUGUAACAACUCGUACAAGAUUUUGUCGAAAUUGUUAGCAAACCGGCUGAAAUCUAUCCUACCCCACCUUAUUUCUGAUUUUCAGAAUGCCUUUGUUCCUAACCGGCAAAUCCAAGAUAAUAUUUUGCUAGCACAUGAGGUAUUUCAUUACCUAAAGCUCAAGCGAGAAGGUGAUAACAAUGAGUUUGGGUUGAAGCUCGACAUGAAUAAGGCUUAUGAUAGGGUUGAAUGGGACUUUUUGGAGGCUGCUCUCCUUCGGUUUGGUUUCUCCCGUACGUGGGUGAAUCUAAUCGUAUCAUGCAUCUCAAUGGUUUCUUUCUCUAUUGUAAUCAAUGGUCAACUGAUCAAUACGGAAAAGUCUAGCAUCUAUUUCUCUCCCAAUACACCAGAUCAGAUGGUGAGACUCAUGUGUGAGCUCCUAAGGAUUGAGGUUACUUACAAUCCGGGAACCUAUCUGGGUCUACCAACCAUUUGGGGAAGAUCCAAGAAAGCUGCCCUCAGUUACAUUAAAGAAAGAUUGCUGAAGAAGAUUGAGGGCUGGAAGCAGUGUAAUCUUUCCAUGGCAGGAAGAGAGACGCUAAUUAAGUCAGUGGCCCUAGCGGUGCCAGCCUAUUCCAUGGCCUGCUUUAAGCUUCCUAAAGGGCUUUGUAAUGAGCUGAAUGCUGCUCUCGGAAAUUUCUGGUGGGGCUCUAAUGAAGGUAGGAAUAAGAUGCAUUGGAAAAGUUGGGACUUCUUAUGUUGCCCGAAAGGAACUGGUGGAAUGGGCUUCAGGGACUUAAACGAUUUUAAUAUCGCCCUCUUAGCUCGGCAAUGUUGGCGCUUAGUUCAUAACCCAAAUUCUUUAUGGGCAAGGGUUCUGAAGAGCAGGUACUUCCCUAAUUGCAACUUAUUUGAGGCGGUAAGAGGCCAUAGAGCUUCUUGGGGCUGGGCUAGUCUUUUGGAAGCAAGAGAUUUGGUGUCUAAUGGUUCUUCCUGGCAAGUCAUCGAUGGCUCAUCCAUAAAUAUUUGGAAUGAUAUGUGGCUCUCCCCUCCUAAUGAGGGCCACAUCCUAUCGACAGGCCCUAUUCCUACAGAUGCUCCUAAAAUGGGUCUAGCUAAGUCUAUAUCUAUUGCUAGUGAUAAGAAGAGGAUGCUUACCUUGGUGAGUUUUAUCUGCUGGGCCAUUUGGAAGGCGAGAUGCUCCUUCAUUUACCAGCACAGGCCGAUCUCUCCUGCUCUAGUUCUGGAUAAUGUGUUGAGGCUGGCUGGGGAGUUCUGGUCUGCGAAUGCUUUGAUGAAACCUAGCCCCGCCUCCCCAAGUCAGUACCCCUCCCCUGACAGGCUAACUAGCUGGACACCUCCGCCCUUUGGUUUCUCGAAGAUUAAUGUGGAUGCUUCCUGGAAGCCCCCAAACUCAUCGGGUAUCGGAGUCGUUAUUCGAAAUUCAGACAGAUCUUUGGUAUGUGCAUCUUCCUCAGGAUGCCGCAGGGACUCAAGCUCGGUAGAGAUGGCUGAAGCUAGGGCCAUCCUAGCUGGAAUCAACCUAGCAAUCGAACUCCACCUGGGAAACAUCAUUUUGGAGUCAAACUCAAAGAAUUUGAUUUCUAAUAUCACAAACCAAGCAUCUAGUAAAAAUUGGAGGAUUUUUCCACUUCUAGAGGAAAUCAGAAGGAAAAGCUCUGGGUUUGAGAACAUUAACUGGCAUUGGACGCCUCGUGAAGCGAAUCGUGCUGCGGACCCUUAG